CCUCAAAGCUGAGGCGCCGGCGGUCUAUCGCCACCAUCCCUAGCCGCCGCCGCCGCCGCCGACGACGACGCCGCGCUUUUCCCCAUCGGACAUCGCCUCUGCAACGCAGCCACCUUCCACUGUAAAACUCUCUGCCCCAACGCGACGUCACCAGCAUCCACCUCUACCUGCCCCAACCGACUUCACGCGUCUACCGCGCUAAUCGAAUCAGCCGGCGUGAGUCGAACGGCGACUUCCUCUCUGUGCAGCCUCCGACCUUUCGGGAGCUGAAUUUGCUUAUGCGGGAUGAAGAACAAGGUCAUCUCUACAAUUAGGUCAGUUCCUUUCAAAAAGCUCUUCGGGGAACUUCAAUUUAUCCGAUUGCUGUCAGUUCCGUCGCUUGCACAUUUCACUCCUUACAGUUCUGAUGAUUCCAGUAGAAAUUGUGAAACAGAAAUUUCAUCGGAAUCAAAUUCCUCUAACGUUGUUGAGAUUCUAAACAAAAUGCGUAAGGAACCGUCUUCCGCGUUAGCUUACUUCGAUAACCUUAGAAGAAGCGGUUUUCGCCAUAGCAUCUGGAGUUAUCUAGAAAUUAUCAAAAUACUGUGUUAUUGGGGCUUGGAUAGGAAAUUGAGUAAUCUGUUUGUGAAUCUUAUAACCUCCAAAGAUGACUGUGUUAGUUUUGAUCUGUUGGAGCUGUUGGCAACAAUGGCCGAAGAGCUUAAAGGCAAUGGACCGAGGUCGAUGCAUCAAGCAUUUAGUGCUGUUGUUAAGUGUUAUGCCUCUUUAGGGAUGUUCGACGAGGCAAUCGACGUUCUUUAUCUAAUUAAGAUGUAUAGCGUCGCGCCUUGUUUGUUGUCGUGCAAUUUCUUGAUCAAUAGGUUGGUUGUUGAUGGUAAAGUGGAGAAAGCCAUUGCUGUCUAUAAGCAGCUGAGAUGUCUCGGGCUGAAUCCAAAUGUGUACACUUACGGGAUUGUGAUCAAGGCAUAUUGUCGAAAGGGUAGUUUGAAAGAGGCAGAAGAGGUGUUCUAUGAGAUGAAGCAAGCGCGGGUUGCGCCAAAUGCUUUUACAUAUGCAGCUUAUUUAGAGGGGUGGUGUAAGUGUGGGGAAUCGGAAUACGGCUACGAGCUUUUAAAAGCUUGGCAGGCGAAAGCUUUCCCCAUUGACGGCUACGCUUAUAGUGUUGCGAUUCAGGGCUUUGUUAGUGAAAAGAAUUUGAGUAAAGCCGAGAUUGUGUUGCGUGACAUGGAAGAACAUGGAUUAGUUCCUGAUGAAGUCGCGUAUCAUGCCUUAGUUCAGGGGUAUUGCGAUUCCGGGGAUUUAAACAGGGCGUGGACUAUUAUCGAAGAAAUGGAGGCGAAAGGCGUGAAAUUGAAUUGCUUGAUCCUCACUUCAUUUCUUCGGUGUUUGUGUGGGAAAGGAAAGUAUUCUGAAACAGUCGAGCAAUUCAGGAGCUUCGAGAAAUCAGGGGUGUUUCUUGAUGAAGCAGCCCACAACGUUGCAAUCGAUGCUCUGUGCAAAAUGGGCGAUUUAGACGAAGCUCAAGCUUUGUUCGGUGCGAUGAAGUGUAAGAAACUGAUACCCGAUGUCGUGCAUUAUACCACUUUGGUAAAUGGUUACUGUCGACAAGGAAAGAUUGUCGAUGCUCUAUCAUUAUUUCUUGAAAUGAAGAGAAACGGUGUCGAAGCUGACGAUGUUAUUUAUAACCUCCUCGUUGGUAUGUUCUCUCGGUGCGCGACUUUGGAUGAAGUAUACGACUUUGUGGAUGAUAUGAAAGGGCAAGGAUUUGUUCCGGACGCGGUGACGGACAACGUUAUAAUCGAAGGUCUUUGCGUCGGAGGAAAAUCGAAAGAAGCCGAGAGGCAUUUCCGUAGUUUGAAAGAGAAGAGUGUCGAUAACUUUUCUGCGAUGAUUAACGGGUACUGCGAGUCGAGUGAAGCAAUCAAAGGGUAUAAACUUUUUCUCGGAUUAUCCGAACAACGAAUUUUGACAAAUAAGCGAUCGUGUUUGAAGCUUCUUAGCAGCCUCUGUUCAGAAGGAGAAAACGAGCUAGCGAUAAAGGUGUUCGAGAUUUUGAUUUCUUGCGGCGAUGGACCGAGCAAGGCAAUGUACGUGAAGCUAAUUACGGCUCUAUGUCACGCCGGAGAUAUGAAAAACGCUCGAUGGGCAUUUGAUACGAUGAUCGAUCGGGGAUUAUCUCCCGACGCGAUUUUGUACAGCGUAAUGUUGAGGAGUUAUUGUCAAGUGAAUCGCGUCGAGGAAGCUUUUUCUCUGUUCAAUGACAUGAGGGAAAGCGGCAUUAUGCCCGACGUCGUCGCAUACACGGUCCUGCUCGACGGACAUUCGAAGGUACGUUCGAAAAGGGCUCGUUCGCAGUCGCAAGACGAUGCCGAGGCGAUUAAGAAGGCGAGACGGGUCGUUUCAGCCCUGUUGUAUGACAUGAAAGAGGCGGGAUUAGAACCGGACGUUAUUUUGUAUACGGCUUUGAUCGACAGCCAGUGCAAAUCGGACAACCUUCGCGAUGCGAUUUCGCUUUUCGAUGAUAUGUUGCGACGAGGUUUGUCGCCUGAUACUGCGGCGUACACUGCUCUCUUGUCGGGUUAUUGCAAGAUGGGGGAUGUUUAUAGGGCUACUAAUCUUGUGAAUGAGAUGUUGUCGAAGGGAAUCGAGCCAGAUACCCGGACUAUUACGACGUUGGAUCAAUGCAUCACUAGAGCUAAAAAGUUGCAGAUGAAGCACUGAAUUGGAUCUUUGCGGGAUGGCGACGAAUCCCAUCGAUUCGUUCCAUUCGGAUCGGGUCUAAUUAUUCGAGUAUCGAUCAGAUGAACGCCUGCGCGAUUAAUUGACACCAUGAGUUGGUGUAGAAGACCAUCGAAAUUCAUUUUCGAUUCGUUUCGCAGCCACUGUUCGAAGAUCGCGGUGCCCAAAGUCCCAAUCGAGAAAUCAGUUCCACGGCCAGACUUCA